AUGGAGGGCAUGGGGGAUGGUACUGAGGGGCUGGGCUUUGAUAUGCCAAUGCUCAUGAACCAGCAAUCCCAUCUUUUCGGCACAUAUGGUCAAGAUGGUUCGCCUGUGCAGUCCGUUCUCCCGGCGUUUCAGGACGAGCCUUCGAUGAGCACAGGGGAGGAUCAGAAUGAUGCCAAAAGAAGGCGGAUCGCAAGGGCUUGCGACAUGUGCCGGAAGAAGAAGAUCAAAUGUGACGGCAAGAUGCCCAAGUGUUCGCAUUGUAUCAACUACAAGACCGAUUGUGUUUUCACACAAGUGGAAAAGAAACGGAAUCCGCCAAAAGGUGCCAAGUACAUCGAGGGAUUAGAAAAUCGGUUGGGACGAAUGGAGUCGCUGCUACGACUUUCCGGCCUUCUAUCACAAGAGGAUGGAGGAAAGACAGAUCUUGGGACACUGGAGAAGCGUCUGGCGGACCGAUCGUUUACCAACGGACUGAACGCCGCGAACCCCCCGCCAUCGCAAAACCAGAACACGAGCAAUACCCCAAAUGCGUCCGGCACUCAGACCCAACCGAAUACUGCACCUCAAAGCCACCAACCGUCUCCUCGUAUCGAAACCCAUUCAAUGAGCCCGCGCACGGCCGUUACAUCCCCCGGGUCGCAAAAGGACGAGACAGAAGUGGAGGCGCUGUCAGAUAUGAUGUGUUCUUUGGUUACAAACAACUGCGGGGAGACUCGAUACAUUGGGUCGUCAUCGGGGUUUUCAAUAUUCUCUCCCAAGGGUAUUCAAUGGGUCAACGAGAAGACAGGCGAUACUUCGUUUCAAGAAAUGAUAUCUUCCGCCUACGUCGAUGACAAUAAAUGGAUGUACUGGAAGCCCGAGGUUUUCAGCGAUAUUUUCGCUCGUCGUGUUUUCAAACCACUGCCGCCAAAAGAAGAAGCAAUAUCGCUGUUCCGGGAUUUCUUUGCGAACUUCAAUUGUAUGUUUCCAUUAUAUCAUGAACCGACGUUUAUGCAUCUGGUUGAACGGCAAUACUCGCGAGAUCCGUACGAGGGUUCCGGCUGGUGGGCCAGUAUCAACGUGGUCCUGGCUAUUGCGCACAGGUUACGAGUCAUGAGCAACUUGGUUCCUCAGGAUGAGGACAAGAAAGCUUGGCUAUAUCUCAAGAAUGCUAUGGGCGUUCUGACAGAGCUGACUAUGCGAAAUACGGAUCUUUUGAGCGUUCAAGCGCUUCUCGGAAUGUCUCUCUUCUUGCAAGGAACGCCUAACCCGCAACCUUCAUUCUUUUUGGUCGCUGCAGCAAUUCGUUUGUCUCACAGCAUCGGUCUCCAUAAACGAGGUUCUGGUUUUGGUUUGAAUCCAGUUGAGGUAGAGCAGCGAAAGAGAGUAUUUUGGAUUUCAUAUAUGCUUGACAAAGAUAUCUGCCUCCGCUCAGGUCGACCUCCUGUACAAGAUGACGAUGAUAUGAAUGUCGAGCUACCUAGCGAAGAUCCCCCGGAUAAUAUCGGCAAUGUCCCAUUGGCGGAUGGGAAAGGGAAAUUUAACUUGUUCCGAACAUUAUGUCGAUUCGCAACCAUUGAAAGCCGUGUGUACAAGCGACUUUAUUCCGCCAAAGCGUCGAAGCAAUCUGACGGAGAGCUGCUAAACACCAUUGGUGAUCUCGACAAGGAACUGGAGGAAUGGAAAGACAGCAUCCCAGUCGACUUCAGGCCGGAACACGAUAUCAAGGCCGCACAUACGCCUUUGAUCCUGCACGUCGUUGUCCUCCAUUUCGCUUACUACAAUUGCUUGACCACCAUUCAUCGGAUGUCGGUCCAUCAUGGUUAUUGGACAAGCCGUCUGUCAAAUUACGCUAUCCAGGGUCUUAAUGCAAGGCCGUUGAAUCCCAGGGUUUUCUUAUCUGCAGUUCUGUGCGUCACAGCUGCGAGAGCCUCGAUCAACCUAAUAAAGUAUAUUCCGCAAGGUGACUUUGCUUGUGUUUGGUUGAUCCUCUACUAUCCCGUCUCCGCACUGGUUACAUUAUUUGCCAACAUCCUCCAAAAUCCAAACGAUGCCCGAGCUCGUUCAGAUGUGAAGUUGAUGAAUGUCGUCGUCAACUUCUUGUCCACGCUUGUAUCGGAUGAAUCCAACGGGAGCAUCAAGCGCAUGCUUGGUCUAUGCGGAGAGUUCGAGCGGAUAGCCAAGGUGGUGCUCGAUAAAGCCGAACGAGAGUCUCAUUCCAAGAAGAAGCGCAAAACAGCCCCAGACGAUACUGCUCCGAGUCAACCCCAACAACGAAACGCCCCGCCACCUUCGUCUUCCCGGAAUCCUGCUGGUGCACCGUCUACGACAACACCGUUAUCCUCGCCGCUCUUUUCUAACGAUGCGGCGCCUAAUGGACAAACUGAUGGUCAAUAUAAUGGCCAAACUGCCUUUUCCCCUAGUACAGCAAUGCCAACGGACACUGGUCUACCUGGUGACCUCCCCAGAAACGUCAACACCAUGCCCGGGUUAGGACAAGACUUCCAGGAGAUGUUGAGUCCCAACAAUCUCGGAAACGUCGGGUUCGAUCAACCUUUUGGGGGAGCUGGAAGCAAUCCAAUGUCCUCGUUUCAACAACCGUUUGUCCCACAAGAUCUAUGGCAGAUGCCAAUGACCAUUGAAUGGGACUGGGCCGACAUGUCGAGCAAUUUCCCGGUGUUCGACUCGGGAAUGGACUCUAAUGGCCCACCGCCCCCGAGCGAAUCUUGA